UGAUAUUUUCACGUAGACGUGCAAGUUGCCACCCUGCAGAAAGGGGCGAAAGUGGUAUUUAUAUAUAUUCAUCAGUGUACACAUGCCCACUGAAUCAAAGUGGGGCUACACAAGCGCCCUGCCCACCCCUUGAUGUAAAUUUUACUACAGCUUUCCGUGAUGUCAUGGCAAACGAGGGGUGGAGGGGGGGGCGGACAAUGGUUCAUGAGGGAAAGGUUUUCUGAAGCAGCCCCGGGAUAUUAAGGACAAACUGCUUGACUCUGAAUUAAAUUGACUAAAUAAUAAAGAAGAGGAACCCUCGUUUUCCGAGUAGGAGAAAGCUUUAAUGGAAAAUCUUUCUCUUCAGAAAAUGAAUUUCGAGGCGAGCUGCUGAAUCAGAGGUGGACAAGAGGAGAAAGACUCAGCAGUUGUGGAACAACAAAAAGCCUGCACAGCAGACGAAUCAAGAUGAGUUUAGACAGUGACGACAAGAGAACACGAACACGAUCAAAGGGAAUUAGAGUACCUGUAGAACUUGUAGGACAAGAAUUAAGCUGCCCCACCCCUGGAUGCAAUGGCUCAGGUCAUGUCAGUGGAAAAUAUGCAAGACACAGAAGUUUACAGAGCUGCCCAUUGGCCAAAAAAAGAAAACACCAGGAUGUGGAUGCAGACCAGCCCACAUCUAAAAGGAAGUCCCACCCCCUGAAGCUGGCUCUUGAUGAGGGGUACAAUGUGGACAGUGAUGGCAGUGAUGAGAUGGAAGCCAAGGAGGACUCCACAGCUGAUGAAUCAGAAGAGGCUUUGGAGGACGAUCAAGAAGAGAUGGCUGAAAAAGAUGGGAGUGUGGAGAGUCAAUACACAUCUGUGAUCACAGAAGCAGAAUGUUUGACAGCAGAAUCUUCAAAUGUUAAAAAAUCUAAAGAGAAUGACUCACCUAAGGCACCUGCUGUUAAUCAAAGAGAUGAUUACUCCAGCUAUCAUGAAAUGGUAGCAAGCUCCCUCCUCAACUUGGGUCAAAUCGCCGAAAACACAAGAGAAAGAGCAGAGGACUCGCUCAACCACACAGAUGCCAGCAUGAGGUAUGAUUCAGACAAAUCUGAGAAGGGGGGCAAGGAAGGAACAGAGCAACAUCUUGAAGGUGAUGAGGAAGACGAUGACAAUGAUGAUGAUGAAGAUGGAGAAAACGCACAUCCCCAGGAGGAGGGUAAAUUAACCCAGCCCACUGGUGACAGGCUGACAGGGAAAAUGCAAGAGCCAGAAGAGGAGGAGGAUGAGGAUGAUGAAGAAGAUGAAGGCAGGGAAACUCGCAUGACCCAGAAAGACAACUCAGACCAUCAGUACUUCAGUGGCAGGUUCAGAACAGGGCCAAAGGAGAAAGAUGCUGAGUCAGACAUGCACUGUGAGGAGAUUCUGGAAGAGGAGGAGGACGAAGAGGAACAGGAGGAAGAUGAAGAAGACAAUGAAGAGGAUGCAGAAGAAGAGCCUGCUGCUGCCACUCGUGCUGCUGCCACUCAGGGAUCUCAGUCUGAAAUGCAGGCUGAAGUGGUACAGGAGUCUCAGCAGGAUGACUACUCCUGUCACAAAACCGCGCCAUCCGUCGUCAUCGAGGUGCGAUCCGAGGAGUCCGAGAAGGACGAAGACGAAGACGAGGAUGACGAGGAAGAUGACGACAGCCUCUCGCAGAAGUCGGCGGUCACAGAUGAGUCGGAAAUGUAUGACAUGACCAGGGGGAACCUGGGCCUCCUCGAGCAGGCCAUCGCCUUGAAAGCAGAGCAGGUGAAGGGCACGCGGGAGCCAGGUCGGGUAUCAGGCGAGCAGCUGCGCUAUUUCCACAUAGAGGACAGGCCGAGCAAGGCUGUGGAUGCCAUCCGAAAAAGUUACUUCGGUAAAGAGAGUUCCAGGCCGGAGAAAAGAGAAAUAAAGUGCCCAACCCCAGGCUGUGAUGGGACAGGACAUGUCACUGGGCUAUACCCUCACCAUCGCAGCCUAUCUGGCUGCCCACACAAGGACAGAAUACCUCCAGAGAUUCUGGCCAUGCAUGAGAAUGUCCUGAAGUGUCCAACACCUGGCUGUACAGGACAAGGUCAUGUGAACAGCAACCGCAACACUCACAGAAGCUUAUCUGGAUGCCCCAUUGCUGCUGCAGAGAAACUGUCCAAAAGCCACGAGAAGCAGCAGGUUCCACAGCCUUCGAGUGACCACCCCAAAGGCAGCCCCAAUUCUGAUAGAGUACUCAGGCCCAUGUGUUUUGUAAAGCAGUUAGAAAUCCCUCAGUAUGGCAGCUACAGGCCCAAUGUACUACCUACAACGCCUCGCGCCAACCUGGCAAAGGAACUUGAAAAAUACUCCAAGGUUUCCUUCGAUUAUGCAAGUUUUGAUGUUCAGGUCUUUGGCAAACGUGUGCUUGCCCCAAAGAUUCAGACCAGUGAAACCUCACCAAAAGCCUUUAAAUCAAAACCAUUCCCCAAGGCAUCCUCCCCAAGCCACAGUAUGUCCAGCAGCUAUGUCAAGAGCACAUCCUCCUCCUCCUCCAGUGGCUACGAUUACUCCCAUGAUGCUGAGGCUGCUCACAUGGCAGCCACAGCAAUCUUGAACCUGUCCACCCGCUGCUGGGAAAUGCCCGAAAACCUCAGCACAAAGCAGCAAGACCUCACCAGCAAGAACAUGGACAUCGAGGUGGACGAGAACGGGACCCUGGAUCUCAGCAUGAAGAAGCACAUGAAGAGAGAGGGCAGCUUGUCGUGUGUGAGCCCAGGGGUCCGCUCUCCGGACCAGUCCCAGAACCAGAGCAGCAGUGCCAGCAGCAGCGCUAUGACCUCCCCGCAGUCCAGCCACACCUACAAGCAAGAGGACUGGGAGGGCCCCAUCGACUACACCAAACCAAACAGGCAGCGCGAGGAGGACAUGGAGGAGGUGGAGCCUGCGUCCCACUCCUUUGCCUCAUCAGAGCCUGAAGACUGUGAAAUGAUUCAGGAGAGUAUGGAAGAAAGAAAGUACCCAGGAGAGGUCACAACCUCGAGCUUCAAAGUGAAAUAUCAGUCCAAGGACUGCAAAAAAGAACUUCUGCUGUGUCCAACACCUGGCUGUGAUGGUAGUGGCCACAUCACUGGAAACUAUGCUUCACACCGGAGCCUGUCUGGUUGUCCUCUUGCUGACAAGAGUCUCAGAUCCCUCAUGGCUGCCCACUCUGCUGAGCUGAAGUGCCCCACCCCAGGAUGUGAUGGAUCUGGUCACAUCACAGGAAACUAUGCCUCACACAGAAGUUUGUCUGGGUGCCCCCGUGCCAAGAAAGGUGGAAUAAAAACAACUCCUUCCAAGGACGACAAGGAAGACUCCGAGCUCUUAAAGUGCCCAGUUCCGGGAUGCGACAGCUUGGGCCACAUCAGUGGAAAGUACGCUACUCACCGCAGUGCCUACGGUUGCCCACUGGCUGCCCGCAGACAGAAGGAAGGGCUCCUGGAAGGCUCCCCUUUCUCUUGGAAAUCCUUCAAAACCGAGGGGCCAACCUGCCCUACUCCGGGAUGUGACGGCUCAGGUCACGCUAAUGGCAGCUUCCUUACGCAUAGAAGUCUAUCAGGCUGCCCCAGAGCAUCUUUUGCUAAGAAGAAAGCAAAGUUCCCUGGGGAGGAAUAUCUAAGCACCAAAUUCAGGGCCAGUGAUGUGCUGGAUAAUGAUGAAGAUAUCAAACAGUUAAACAAGGAGAUAAGCGAACUCAACGAAUCCAACACUGAAAUGGAAGCAGACAUGGUCAAUCUGCAGACACAGAUUUCUUCAAUGGAAAAGAACCUGAAGAACAUUGAAGAGGAGAACAAAAUCAUUGAGGAGCAGAAUGAAGCCUUGUUUAUGGAGCUCUCUGGUCUAAGUCAGGCUCUUAUCCGUAGCCUCGCCAACAUCCGCCUUCCACACAUGCAGGAGCCAAUAACUGAGCAGAAUUUCGAUGCCUACGUGAACACGUUGACGGACAUGUACACCAAUAAGGAAUGCUACCAGAACCCAGAGAACAAGGCCCUUCUGGAGACAAUUAACCAAGCAGUAAAGGGUAUCAAGGUUUAAAGGACACAGAGACUACGACAAAAUGAAUAAAUUAAAAAAAAAAUUAAAAAGGGCAUUCAGGUUUUAAAAGGCAAUGUACUUCUUUCCCAGGGAGCAUUCCUCAAAACCAGGACCAAAAUCCAGGCAUGCUGCUGCUGGGGGCUUAUAGGACAAGUGGAUCAGAACCAAAUUGUUGUUUUGUUGUUUUUUUUUUUUUGCUGUCCCAGUUUUUGACUCUGAACACUUUGAGAUUUGAAGUUGAAUUAUCAGGAUCAAACGGAUUAGCAGGUUCGAAAUCCCUGCUUGAAAAAAAAAAGAAUGUUAAUGAGUGUUAUUCUUUCUACCAUUGAAAAGUCAGCUUACCUAUUUGUUGGGGAACGGUCAACAGCUUCUUCUGACAGCUUACCUGAAAACUGGAAAACAAGUUACAGAUGCUGUGAUGGCCAUGCUGUUGUUUGACAUCUGUUUACCUUAUUACGGGGCAGAUCAAUACCCCUGGGGAUCAUUUCUGCUAGUUCUGUUGUGAAAUUGGGGUGGCUAUCAUCCUAAAGGAGAAGAAGAACAUAGAAGGGUUCUGGUCAAGGUUGUUUGCCAGAUAACAACUAGACCUGUGUUAAUUGUGUUCCAAGAUCUCCCUGGUCCCCUAUAGACCGGAUGAAAAUCUUAUGAAUUCCUCACACUGCAGUAGAGAAUAUAUCUUCCAACACAACCUGUUCCCAAUUGCUUUCCCUGCCUCAUCAGAUGUCCAUGAACAAUACUUUCCUGUCUGAUGGUUAAACAAAAAAAUACACCUGAUACCACCUUUUCCUUAAAGAUAAAAAAGAAAAAAAUAUAUUGUGUAAAUAAAUUUCAAUUUCAUCUAGUAAUAUUUAUAGUAUUUAUGAGCAUAGAAAUUGCACUUCAUUUCAAUAACUAGUUUGUAGUUUAAUUAUUGUUAUAUAAAUUAUUUAAUUUGUAUCCGUGAAGGGUAAAAUGUAAUUUAUUCCCAGUAUUCUAUGUUAACUUUGCCUAUUUAUUUAACCUUGCCUAUUUAUUUUUUUGUAAAACAGAAUACAGCACAUCCAGUAAAACCUUUUACUGUAAAUGGCCAUUGAAAAAAUGAUGAUAAAUUUCCUCAAGAUUAACAUUUGAAGAAGAAAACUCUAUUUAAAAUAUCAACCACAGUGAAUUAUUUUAUAUAUUUUAGUAUUUAUUUUGAAGAAUGGGA